UUGACUAAUAGGAAGAAAUUUGAUCUUAUUUUCAGCUGGCUCAAAUAUGAGAUCACUGUUUUAAAUAAGCUCAUUAUUCGGAAUAAGAAUCAGCAUCGUGGGACUAUUUUUAUUCGCUAUGUCUUGUCUUCUUUACGGUUUCUUAAAAAGUUUAUUUUCCAACUCGGCAAGCUCAAGCAAAUCAAAGCUCUUAAGGCUGACUUCUUUAGCAACUAUCACUUUUUGUAUUUUAACUCUUUGAAUUUUGUUAAGGGUUCUUGUGUUCAUUUAUCUCGUGUUCAUGCUCACAAAUACUUUGUGCCCUUUUCUUCCGUGUUAAUCUCAAUUUUCAGUAGACUACUCAGUCUUCUAGUCCGCCUAAAUUCUGUUGUUAAUAUACCUGAUGAUUCCAUCAUUACUGCUGUAGACUAA